AUGUCACCAAGGAAGACAGGACAUAUGGCGUCGCCCGCCGCCGCCUUACUGGCCACUCCCACUUCGUCCAGGAUGUUGUCCUUUCCUCCGACGGUAUGUUUGCACUUUCUGGGAGCUGGGACGGCGAGCUCCGCCUCUGGGACCUUCAGACUGGUGCUACAACUCGCCGAUUUGUUGGCCACACUAAGGAUGUGUUGUCGGUUGCAUUUUCCAACAACUCGCCGAUUUGUUGGCCACACUAUGGAUGGGUUGGCGGUUGCAGUUUCCAUUGAUAAUAGGCAGAUUGUUUCUGCAUCGCGUGACAAGUCCAUUAAGCUUUGGAAUACUUUGGGUGAAUGUAAGUACACUAUUCAAGACGGCGAUGCCCAUUUUGAUUGGGUUUCUUGCGUCCGGUUUUCGCCUAAUACGCAUCAGCCAACUAUAGUUUCUGGGUCUUGGGAUAAGACUGUGAAAAUAUGGAAUUUGUCUAAUUGUAAGAUGAAAUCAACCUUGGCUGGGCAUACUGGUUCGGUUAACACGGUGGCUGUUUCGCCUGAUGGGUCCUUAUGCGCGAGUGGAGGGAAAGAUGGAGUGAUAUUGCUAUGGGAUUUGGCUGAAGGGAAGAAGCUUUACUCUUUGGAAGCGGGUUCGACUAUUCAUUCACUUUGCUUCAGUCCCAAUAGGUACUGGCUUUGUGCAACCACUGAAGCCAGCAUUACGAUUUGGGACUUGGAGAGCAAGACUGUUGUUGUGGAUCUUAAGGUUGAUUUGAAACAGGAGAGUGAGAUGGCUGCUGAAGAGACUACUCAAACCAGUAACAAAAACAAGAUUCUAUACUGCACUAGUCUCAAUUGGAGUAUGGAUGGGAGCACACUAUUCAGCCGUUACACGGACGAUGUCGUCAAAGUUUGGGGCGUUGGACGUUACUAG